AUGAGUGAGGAACAGUCAAUGAAAUCAAACAAAUUCGCAUCUGCCUACAGUUACUUGAUCACGAAAAAUCAAACCACUUCAGUCUGCUUCGAUGAAAAUAUGAAGCUGACUAACAACAAACUGAGAGGAGUCAACUACGUGAAAUUGGAUGGAUCGUGCUCGUGUUUCAUCAGAUCAAACGUCCGAUACAACGUUACCAUCAACUCGUAUGCCUCUGGACGCAAAUGCUACGUUCAAAGUCACGACUGCCCGAUGAUAUUUGACUAUGUCAUAGAGUAUCACAAGUGCUACAAAAUGCAGUACAAGAUAUUGAACUGGUACAAUGGCAGAUCUUUGUGCAACAACGUAUCAAACUCCCAUCCUAUUACUUUCGACAAUGAUGUUGAAAAUGAUGUCUCAUUGCAAUAUGUCAAAUUCGUUACACCUAAUUAUCAAGUUUGUCCCGGUUCAAUAUUAAGCACGUACUACACCUUCUACACAAGUGGCAUUCGAACGUACUUCAACGGUACCAGAACACCAUUUCUCUGGUCUCCAUACCCUGGAGUUUACAAGACUAUGCAGGCUUCAAAUGCCUGGCACGUCGGAGAGCCAAACUCACUAGCCAAUGGUAUUGAAAACUGCGUGCAACAUUUUGUAACCGGUUACCCUGGCUGGGACGACCAGCCCUGUUCUUCCCCGAUCUGUAUGCUCUGUGAAUAUGAUUUGACAGAUUGA